AGCAGAAAAAAGAAGAAACCAAGGAAGAGGCAUGAUAAACAGAUGUUCAGCGUUUUGUCUUUUUGAAGUAAAUGCUAGAUUAUUUUAACAUUAUGGCGUCUGAUCAACGGCACUGUUUAUGCUGUACUCAUUCACCGGUUUCUUCUAAUGUCUGCCAAACGUUGGAUGAAAUGGACUUUGAGAGAGGUAUUUGGUCUGCAGCAAAGGAUGGGGACUUGGAUCGGGUUAUGUUGUUGGUGCACAAAGGUACUGAUCCGAACCUGAGAGACUCGGCUGGAUUCACAGCUCUGCACUAUGCAAGUCGCGGCGGCCAUGCUGCUGUGUGCAAGUUUCUUCUUGAGAAUGGCGCUUGUGCAUCUCCUCGGACGCCAGGUGGCGCCACACCACUUCAUCGAUCAUCUUACUGUGGCCACCUGGAGGUGGUUGGGCUUCUGCUGGAUCACAGAGCAGAUCCGCUGCUCUGUGAUGAUGGUGGUGCAUCCCCUUUACAUAAGGCUGCAGAACAGGGUCAUGAAAAUGUCUGUCAGCUUCUUGUGGAUCGCUGCCCAGCCCUCCGCUGCCAAAAGAACAAGAAGCUCCUGCUGCCGUACCAACUGGCACCACAGGGGGCGCUGCAGGAGCUCUUAAAGCCACCUUCCUGACUGCACGCUACAUCUCAAGGAUCACAAAAAAA